AUGAUACCAUUACAAUCGAUCGACUACACUUACGAAGAACAUAUGUUGCGUAGAGCUGCUGCCUUUAGAACUACCCAUUCGCGGAUUAUGUGCCCAAAAGGUUGUGGUCGUAGCUAUAAGCGGGUGGAGCACCUAAAGCGGCACAUUGGGUACGAGUGCGGUGUCGAACCAAAGUACCAGUGUCAUGUUUGUCAACGCAAGUUCGUGUACAAUUUCAGUAUGAAGAAGCACAUGGUACUCGUGCACAAAGAUCAAUCCUUGGGUCCUGACACUAUUACGUCCGUUCCGUCCCUCCGAUCCCCACCUAUCAAAUUAAGAAUUAAAACAAAACCAAAAUUAGAUACAGUUCCAGCGUUAUCAGCAACUAACAUUACUCUACUACCUGAAUCAAAAAAACAAGAACCAAAGAAAUGUUCUGUAUCUGUAACUAAAACAGAAAAUUGUUAUAGAUGUAAAAACUGUAAAAAUAUAAUUUUAGGUCCAAAUGCUGAAAAUCUGUAUGUAGAACAUAUUUUGACAUGUCUUGACACAAACAACUUUGAAUGUUCAAUAUGUUUUAAAAAAUUUGCUCAUAAACGUGGUCUUACUAAUCAUUUAAGACUUACACAUUUAGUUUUUGACUAA